AUGCGUUUCUUUGAUAUCUCCGCCCUUCUUCUCCUGGCAUUGCAAUUAACAACAACAAUUGGAAGCAUUAUAGAAGCCCGAGCUUCUCCAAAAUGCGACAAAAAAUGCGCCAAGUCACUCAUCCAACGGGACGUUCGGUCUAAAUCAUAUUGUUCAUCGUAUCUGCGUGCACAUGGCGCUUCGGCGCAUACUGUUACGGUGACAACAAAGGCGAAGACGAAUUGUGUGACUGUAGUUCGGACUUUUGUGACUACGAGUUUGGAUAUAUUUAGUGAGGCUUUGGUAACAACUACUCUCCCGGACAUUAUAGCCACUGAGUAUUCUUCGACGGUAGUUAUCGUUACUGGCCCAACUCGAGUGAUCGGUCGAAGGGCAGUCGAAGAAACCGAAAUAGCGCCUCGUGCACCACCACCACCAAUAUGCACCUGUCGCAACCUCUCCCUCUGUUCCUCAAAAACCAUAUCCGCCGCCUGUCUAGAAAUCGCCCCUCCCCGCACCAUCACCAAAACCAUUACAAAACCCUGCACCACAAUCACAACCACCACAUCUACCACUCGAAAAUUCACCGAAAUAACCUCGGGUACCUUAACAGUCGCCCCCGGGGCCGCUGCAACGACAACGACUAUAAACCAAAUACACACAACUCUGGUGCCCGAAGAGUGUACUAGAGACUUCUACACCCCACCAUCCGACAUCGGUAGUGCCGGUGUAUUCUUCCUGGAGUACCCGAACUUUGUGACGAAUUCGUUGGAAUGCUGUACAGCUUGUUUUCAGAGGAAGAAUUGUGCGGCGUCGGCUUACAGUAGUGAUCUUGGAUCGUGUUCCUUUUUGAUCGUGAUGGAGAAGCAGCCUGGGGGGACCAGUGGGGUUUGUCCGCUCGGGAGGCAGGAUUUUAGUUUUAUUAGGGAUUUUGAUUUUGGGGUUAAUACUCUGCCGGGUCCCUGUGGGUUUUGA